AUGGCAUCUGCCUCGCCUUUAAGAACGGUAGACACAAACACCUGCUCACCUCCUCGAGUUCGGCCAGUCCUGUCUACCAGAACUUCGAUCAACUCCAGGGCCAGUAGCAUACCUACUACUCCUCUCGACGGGAUACCUGGGGAGUUGUGGCCACGAAUCCUCCGAACUUCUGCUGCCGCUGAGACCAGUAAUCCUGAGCUUUCAGUCGACGAAAUCACCUCCACAAGACUGUCUCUCGACGAUCAGGCCAUCCUGGCCAAUACGCCCAGAGAGGGUAGCCGCAAAGAGGCACUAUCCCGCAAGCUUGUCAUCAGAAUGGCGUUUGGUGGCAUGUGGGGAGAAAACAGUGACCGUCUCAAGAGAAUGACAAAGAGGUUGAAGAAUAUACCAAAUGGCUUAUUCACACGCAAACGAUCGCUAGAAACACUGCCAACUCCAACCACUCUCUCGCAGCCUCUUCCAGAGCCGACGCUGCCGCAGUUGGAACUUACCACUGAACUCUGCGUUCAGACAACGGGCACAUCGUCAAAUACGGAAGAUUUCGAUGAGAGCAAAUCAAACACGCCUGUGAUGGAUUACGAGUGCAAAAUCAAGGUAUCAGGGUCAUGCCCUGGAGAGAUGGCAAAGAUAUCCUCUUUCAUUCGCGAAGAUCUUCAUGAAGCUACAAAUAAAGACCGUACUCUACCGCCCUUGUGUUCGGGCAACCCCAAGCGACUACCACGUCAUUUCAGAAUGGCUCCUGUCUAUGGUCACGCAGCCUCAACAUCAACGGUCAACUCGAUUCCUAUCGCUGAAGACCGCUUGCUCCGUGUUCCACGCCCAUUGAAGGUCUCCUCUCGACAAACUGUCACGAGGGCUUCCUCCGUCGGGAGCGUCGAUGAGAUGCGGAGCCGUGCUUUUGGAAGCCGACGAGUCAGUCGACCUAGCUUGUCUAGUGGAUCAGCCAGACACAGCUACACUCCCAGCAUCAGCCGGACAUCACUGUCGGCGUCUCGUCCUGCCACCCACGCGGGGUCGAUAUCUUCUUCAAGCACUACCAUAGCCCCUCCGCGGAGACCAGUUGUAUACAUGGACACACCUAUCUCGCGUUCUGAUUAUAUUUUUAAUGGUUAUGACUCGAGGAAGCGCCCAUCAGGAGCCUCCACAGCACGGCCCGUGUCCAAAGGAGCUUCCAUCCGGAGCAGUCAAGAUAGUCAUGCAAAUCUAUCCUUGAACUUACCUCCAGAAGUCGAAAUCGGCCUCGGGGACAUACCCGGGUACAAAAAGGUCCCACUCUACACCCCUAGGAGAUUCGAAGUGGCAGAACUCUCUGGAUCCUCACAACAAGACGAGGCAGUCGAGCAGAAACAGAGAUUUUUCCCUCACUCCGGACCGAAGAACUCCAGUCCAACGAUAUCAGACAUCUCAUUUGGUUCACUACGGGGACAAACAUCCAUCCAAUCACAUCUUGAAAGAGAAGCCAUGGUUCGAGAACAAAAAAGCGAGUCCGAGACCCCUCCAGCCAUGGGUGGUUGUGAGAAGCUCUCUAGAGCCCUGUGUGGUGCUUGGUCGGAGAGUACUACCCGACUUUGGCAGAAGGGGUGCAAGCGGCACGGUCUCUAG